AUGGAAAAUAUUCGAGCUGGACUACGAGGAGAAGUCAUUGGCCAAGCGGUUGACAGUGAUGAUGAUGACGAUAAGGAUGAAUGUAAUGAUGACAUGGGACCUGAAGAGCGACACAAUUUCAAACAAGAAUUAUGUGCCUCCAAACAGUCAGCAUGGGAAAGAGAACACCUCCACAAACUUCCUAAUAGAGCACAAGUUUUCGGGACAAAUGGUGGUGCACAGAUGAGACGGGGAGCAAGUGUUAGAGAAUCACAACCAACAUCACUAAUGGCCCCAAGUUUAUAUAAGUCAUCCAAAGCACAACAAAAGAGUGUUUGGAGUUAUUUCGCUGGAGGUAAUGUGAAUGAGGGAAUGGGGCGUCUAAUUACCAAGUUUUUUAUCUAUGAAAAUGUCCCUGCUGAGAAGGGAUCAUCACAUCAUUUCAAAAAUAUGGUAUUGGGAUGUCAACAAACCAGUGUUGGAGUACAACCUCCCACUCCCUAUGAGGUAAGAAACAAAUAUUUGGAAUGGAGUAUAAAGACAUUAGCGAAAGUGUAUCCUACUAUGGGGGCAAUAUAUGAGUUAAUGCGUGUAGUGAAGGAGGAAUUGGAAAGAAAACAUGGUGCAAGACCCGGUGUUGGAGACGAUGGUACCCUUAUACGUGUUGUACACAAAGUAUAUUCUAAAUUAGACCCUGCAUCACCAGUAGUUGGCCAAUUUGGAAAUGAGGGUAACCAACUUUAUCAAUGGAUAAGACCUCUUCAUUUAGAUGAUGAUGAAGGCAACCCAGCUCUAAGAGUUGGUGAAGAAGCACAACUUUUGCGCCCAAGACCAAGAAACAGAGGAAUUCCUCCUUCUUCCAAUCCUACACAACCACAAGAUCCUGCUGAUACUAAUGAUAGCUCUAGUACAAGAUCAGGAGACUCGCUUACCACUAUAGGUGGGAAUGAUGAAGGAUAUAGUGGAGCUGGAGGUAGUGGUGGAUAUGGAAACUAUGUUGGACCACCUCCUGGAUUUAUGAGCCCCUUCACUGGUGAGGCAAACUUCACGCAUGCAACACAAGAUGAGGACCAUGGGAGUAGGCGGGCAAGACCAAGAAUUGGUGCCAUAGGGAAGGACUAUACUUGUAGAGAAAGAGGCAAGACGAUUUUGUCAAGUCAAUAA